AUGUCGGGAGAAGGCGGUCUGUCAGACACACUUUAUAGCGAGCUUUCUCAAGCCUUCAUGUAUAUUGACAGAAAUGGAGAUGGAAUUUUAGAUGUUGAAGAUGUAUCUGCUUUGUUCAUGACUCUUGGAAUAGGCGUAAAUAAAGAUAGUAUUGCAGUCACCAUAAGGACUUUAUCCGAUUCCAACGACUUCAUAGGACUGCCGUUAUUCAUUGAACUUCUCGGACGAGCUUUGGAAAAUCCUGACGGUAGCCAAGAACUGAAAACACUAUUUCGAACUAUUGAUCGAAAUGGUGAUGGACGUUUAAAUCCUGAAGAGAUAGCAUUUCGUAUGUCAAAGACAGUUGGUCCAGUUUCUAAAGAGGAAGCAUGCUUUCUAUUGGAUUCAGUUCGAAUGAAUGAUCGUCAAGAUGUCAACUGUGAAGAAUUCGGUGCUAUGCUGAGAUCUGGAUUUUUAAAGCUAAGGAAAUAAUUGUAAAGUGAAUUUUUUUUCUCACAUAUGUGUUGGUACUCAGUAUUAAAUGUCUAAUCAGUUGUUUCAUAAUAUUCAACGAAUAUUAAAACUGAUCUGAUUAUAUAGCUGGAUCAACUAUCAUGAAUCAGUUGCUCAUGCUAGAAA